AUGGACAAGAGCCAAGAUAAAAAAUCGACAGUAGAAAGGGUUCAAAAGCAAGGCUGGACAGAAUUAGGAUAUGGAUCCUCCAUGAUGCGAUACCCAGCCUUAAUGGAUGCUUCACUUCCACUGGACAUAUCUAAUACAUCAAAAGAACCAGCAAAAACACCAGCUUCGACCACGCCUCCAGUAACAACACCAACAGUUGCACCAACAAUUGCACCAACUACAACCACAACCACAACCACAACCACUGUUGCUCCCCCUCCCCCUCCCCCACCUUCAUCCGCCCCUGCCACAACUACUCUAUCUACCCUAGCGCCUUCUAGUCCUGCCUCUAGUAGCAUCGUAUUGCCUCCAUCAACUACAACUACAGUCGCUUCCUCAAGUGCCAGGCCACCAUCUACCACUACAACCCAGUCAAGCACCUCUUCCUCCAGCUCAACUACAACCAGUACAAAAUCCUCCACUUCCUCAGCUCCAUCCGCCUCUAACACUCAAAACCUUCAGCCCACAGACACUACCCCCAUUAUCGUUGGUUCUGUUGUUGGUGGUGUAGUCGGCCUUGCAUUAAUCGGUGGUAUUAUCGCAUGUAUUAGUCGUCGUGGUGGGUGUACUAAGAGAAGAGAUCGCAAGAAGAAACCUGAAUUCGAAGAUUAUGGAUUGGGCGAUUUCCCACCACAUCAAAACAUUGCUCCAGCUACUACAGUCACUGCUGCCACUAAGCCUCUCUCCCCUACUAUACCAAGAUUAAAUGAUCAAGGUAACUAUUAUAAUGACGAUUAUAAUAAUUAUGGCUAUCAGCAAGGAGAUUAUGGCAUGCAAACCCCACAACAUGGAGGCUAUUAUUAUCCUCAAAUGCAUCAACAAGAGUAUUAUGAUGAUAAUGGUUAUUAUUAUGACACUAGUUCAGGGAUGGGCUCUACUACUGUAUAUUCUCCACAACAACCCAUGCACCAAGGAUAUAACGCUCAAGGUUACGCUCCAAACAAUAUGAUGCCUCAAGGUGUCCAUCAACAAGACAUUCAUAAGCCAGAUGAUACAAAGGUUCCUGUUCACACUGGUGGUGGACAGUCCAAGUGA